AAUGAUUGUCCGUUAUUGACCAGCUCCAUUCCCGGGGUUUCUUCCGCCGACCUUUUUACUCUGUCUCCACUGUUACCAAAAUCACCUCUCUCUCUCUCCCAUCCUUGGAAUAAAUGGCGGUUGAGGAUUUUGGCCUGUAAAUGAGUUUAUUGAAGAAUCAGAGCUCAAAGGAAAAAAAGAAGAAAUAAUGUUCAUUUUUCGUGAAGACGGCAUCGGAAACCGAGAAUGGAAGACAAAAAGCGUUUAGAAAAAUAAUUGAUAGGAAUUACAGAACAGAGCCUUCUCUGUUCUCUCUUAUCGCUUCUCAUUUGUUCUGUAAAAGUGCUGGAGAUCGCCCUGUUCUGAUCGCAUAGCCCGUGUUUCUUGAUCCGAAAUGGUUUAAGGUUGGACUCUCAUGCAUAUAUCGAAGGCUGAGCUGGAAAGUCAAAAGGAGGGGGUUUUAGUUUAGUUUUCCUCUGUCUGACAAAGACUGAUUUUCAAUACGCUGCCUUUUCAUACGAGCGGGUUUUGUCAGCAAUACGUCAAGCUUUCCUCUCUCUCACUGCGCAAAUGGCGAGCAUAUGAAUUCUGGUGCAUCGGAAUGGAGAGAACUUAUCCCUAUUUUGACCCCGAGUUCGAAUCACUCAUAGAGAGAAUUCACCCACCAAGAGUUUGCAUUGACAACGACACAUGCGAAGGCUGCACCCUUGUGAAGGUUGAUAGUGCGAACAAACAUGGGAUCCUUUUGGAGAUGGUUCAAGUUCUAACAGAUCUAGACUUGCUGAUAUCAAAGUCCUACAUUUCCUCGGAUGGAGGAUGGUUCAUGGACGUGUUCCACGUAACGGACCAGCUUGGGAACAAAAUAACUGACGAGAGGCUUAUCCAUUAUAUUGAGCAGGUCCUAUGUGCAAGGAGGGGCUCCGGUGGAGCUGGGGAGGUGAAGACCUGUCUUGGCAGGAUUGUGAGUGCCGAAUCUGCGCCUACUGACCAUGGCACUGCCCUCGAGCUGACGGGCCCCGGCCGCCUGGGCCUUCUUUCUGAGAUCUCCGCUGUCCUUGCAGACCUCAGCUGCAAUGUCAGCUCUAUGCAAUUCUGGACCCACAACGGCCGAAUGGCUUGCAUUGUCCAUGUGGCCGAUGGUGACACGGGGGCCCCCAUCGAGGAUGAUCCAGAGCGCCUGGCCUGUGUGCGUGAACAGUUGGCAAGCGUGCUAGGGGGGACGUGCACAUGUGGUGAUAGGCAAGGGGGGUUGAGUAGGGUGGAGCGGAGGUUGCAUCAGAUGAUGGUGGCGGAAAGAGAUUUUGAAGGUGGAGGAGAGAGAGAGGUGGGGAGGAACAGGGCAAGCGUGUCGGUAGAGAGGUGCGGAGAGAAGGGGUACUCUGUGGUGAGUGUACAGAGCAGGGACAGGCCCAAGCUGUUGUUGGAUACUGUGUGCGCUCUCACUGAUAUGCAAUAUGUUGUGUUUCAUGCUGCCAUCAGCUCAAGUGGGUCCCAAGCCGUUCAGGAGUAUUACAUUCGUCGCACGGACGGGUGCCCCUUGGACAGCGAGGCCGAGAAGCAGGGCGUGAUGAAGUGCAUCGAAGCGGCUAUUGAGCGCCGUGUCUCCCACGGACUCCGACUAGACAUCCGAACCGUCAAUCGCCCUGGCCUCCUCUCGGCCAUCACUCGCGUGCUCCGUGAGAAUGGCCUUUCAGUUGUUCGAGCUGAUGUGGCCACACGUGGUGGCCGUGCCCUCAACAGCUUCUACGUCUGCAGGGCAGACGAGGCUGCCAUCGAUGCGAAGACGCUGGACGCAAUCAGGCAGGAGAUAGGGCCACAGGCAGUUCUUGAGGUGCGCAGAGUCCCCGACUCUGCAAGGCCGGCAACGGCGACCGCCAAAGCUCCACCUGAGGAGAAGCAUGCUGCAAAGUUUUCACUUGGGAGCCUCUUUUGGUCCCACAUUGAGCGUCUGUCCGGUAACUUUGGCUCUAUCAGAUCCUGAAAAUGCAAAAAAGAUUGUUCUUUGUCUGCCUCCAUCCAUUUCAGCUCAAUCAGGCCCUAAAAUUGAGUCUCACUUUCUUGCGAAAAAGAGGGGGAGGCGAUUAGGGUUGGCUCAUGAGGUCCUCAACUGGAAAGGAAUGGACGACACAGUGCACCUUUAACCUGUUCAUGUGUUUUCCUUUUCUCUGUGUAUAGCAUGUAAAAAUGGGUUUCGGGCCUUAUCGUAGUUUUGGUUUGCAUUCAAUUGUAUUGAUGCGUCCAUGACAGUGGUGGUGACAGAUUAGUCGGUGGCGUAGGGUGUAGAUUGGUCGGUGGCGUAUUUGUAUUGCAUUUCAUUUGGAGUAUGCGUAUGGGUGCGUGGGAUGCACAUGUAGUAGAGUCGCCGCCCAUAUAGUGGAGGGACUGUUCUUUGUGCAUUCUUUGAAACCGAGUAUGUAUAUACGUAAUGAAUUUGAAUGCCUUUCUCUGUUAUAGAGCC